UCUUUUUUAGUCGGCAGUCAGAGGGAUCACACAGCAACUCUGCUGGAAUUUUUGUUUUUACUGAAAUUGCUUUGCUUGCUAAUAGCGGAUGUCACUCAUCGUGCCUGCUUUGAGUGUCGGAACGAAAAGAUCUUUCAUUUUGUAUCACACGGAAUUUGUGAGACCCAAGAGCAAAAUCUAUACCCAAACAAGCGUAACGUUAGCAACAGGAAGACAAUAACACAUGUGCAUUAGUCUGUCUUACAGACGCGCAGACUAUGUUUAAAAACACGUUUCAAAGUGGGUUUUUAUCCAUAUUAUAUAGCAUUGGAAGCAAACCUCUUCAGAUAUGGGAUAAAAAGGUCAGAAACGGCCACAUCAAGCGCAUUACAGACAACGACAUCCAGUCGCUCGUGCUGGAAGUGGAGGGAACCAAUGUGAGCACCACCUACAUCACCUGUCCAGCCGAUCCCAAGAAGACCCUGGGCAUCAAGCUGCCGUUCUUAGUCAUGAUCAUCAAAAACCUGAAGAAGUACUUCACCUUCGAGGUCCAGGUCCUGGAUGAUAAGAACGUGAGGCGGCGGUUCCGAGCCAGCAACUACCAGAGCACCACCCGGGUCAAGCCCUUCAUCUGCACCAUGCCCAUGAGGCUGGAUGAUGGAUGGAACCAGAUCCAGUUCAACCUGUCUGACUUCACCCGCCGCGCCUACGGAACCAACUACAUCGAGACUCUCCGUGUGCAGAUCCAUGCUAACUGCCGCAUCAGGAGGGUGUAUUUCUCCGACAGACUGUACUCGGAGGAUGAGCUGCCUGCAGAGUUCAAGCUGUACCUGCCUGUUCAGAACAAGGCCAAGCAAUAGCAAUGCAGGACCUUACCACUCUAUUCCAGAUGUGAAAUUGUGUUGCAGAUUCUCUUAAUGAAAAAGUAUGAUGCAUUUGUUGGUUGUGCUGUUGUUGCUUUUCUUUGUUAUUUUGGAACCAUGUGUAUUUUUUUCCAAAUCUAUAUUUCUGUUUAUUCUGCACAAUAAAACAUUUUAUACAC